CACCACUCUCUGUCCCUGCACAUCUCUCUCUCUCCUCCUUUACCAACUCACUUAUCCUUCAUCACUCACUCAUUCUCUCACUACCUCUAUAAGGCCUCCUUUCCACUUUAUUCUCCUCCAUGGCACCACUAUUUACAACCUCUCUCUCCUUGGCCAUAUGCUUCCUUAUCGUCCUUGGAACUAUCAACUCUGACACCGCCGUGGCGGCAUCAACGUGGUGCGUGGCUCGCAGCGACGCCAGCACGCUGGCCCUACAGACGGCGCUGGACUACUCCUGCAGUGCCGGCGCCGACUGCCUGCCUCUGCAGGCGAACGGCCUCUGCUUCCUCCCCAACACCAUCCAGGCCCACGCCUCCUACGCCUUCAACAGCUACUACCAGCGCAAGGCCAUGUCCCCCGGCUCCUGCGACUUCUCUGGCACCGCCACCGUCGCCCAGUCCGACCCCAGUUAUGGAUCUUGUGUGUAUCCGUCUUCUGUAAGCACGGCUGGGGGUAGUACGCCGACCACCGCAUCGACAAACAACCCUACCUCAACGACGCCAACGACAACCACACCGGCCUUUGGCAGUGACGGUACAGGCGGACUGACUCCUGGAACUCCAGGACUUACUCCAACGAUCCCCGAUGAUACUGACAAUUCAAGAGCAUCAUCCAGACUCAUGAUCCCGACACUCUUGAAAACACUUUCCUUUUUAUUUGUUAUCAUUCAUUGAGCUUAAAAUCCCUCGAAUGUCUUCUCUUCCUAAGCAUGAUCCUAGUGAGGAGAAGAGGCUUGCAAAUUUUUGUUAGAAGCUGGAGGCAGCCUUGUCUAUUACUACAAAUCAAGCUUUACUAAAUAGCGCUUGAUCUUUUGGUAUAUUUUCUCUUCUAAUGUGAAAUGCUUCAGUUUGACUGGCCGAGUAUUUAUUUAAUCUAGCUUGAG